AUGAAGUCCAACAAGUGCCAGCUUAUUAGGCCAAUUGGCCAACGCUCCAUUACUUCUACCUUUCUCUCCUCCCAUCGGUAUAGUGAUUGUGAGGGAGAUGCGAGCAUCAAAGCUCCUAAUCGUAAGGGUACAAGGCCCUCGCUUUCCGAUUUUCUUAACAGCAAGUUGCACACAAGUUCUGUGCUACCCACAUCGGUUCAGGGGAAAGAGCUGCCCUUUUCAUGUCCAGUGACCAGAGAAAAUUCUGAUAAGAGUGUAAAAGGAGAGAGUCGGAAAAAGGAUGAACGGGAAGAAGAAUCAAAGUUUUUGAUUGAUGGUGCUUUUGAUAUGUUCAAGAAUGUUCAAAAGAACUCCAGAGGUUUAGGCACUUCAAGUUCAGAUAAUGAAACCAACAUUUUCUGCAUCGAUCACAUUCACGAAACACGGAAGAGAAAAAAUAUGAAUGAAGGUUUGUGUAAGCCAUGUGGUCGAAAGCGGAUGGCAGUCCUUGGAGAGGACUCAAAACCAGCACAUAGGCCGAGGGUAAGAAGGAACUUUCCUGCCAAUGAUGAGUCUAUCCCUCAUUUCAAUCACUACGAGAAUGGGGGCGGAUGGUGGAAUGACGAUAUGGCAGGUGUCGACACUGAAGAAGUUGGUUGCAAGAACGACGCAUGGGAAGGUGUGGGGUGUACCACACUUGGCGGUAUUGAAUGGCAUUAG